UACUGACUGCGUGUGUUCGGGGUCAGAUUGUGGAUUAUGUGGAGGUGUGUGCCGAGUUAACGUCAUUUUUCAACUUUGAAUGCUUCCGGAGUGCACGUUUGGUAACGUAAUCAGGGCUGUGUGAGAACAUGGAGGAAUCAAACAGGUCUGUCAGUGUUCUCACCUGGGAGCAGGUGAGCAGGCUCCAUGAAGUUCUGACGGAGGUGGUGCCGGUCCACGGGCGAGGGAACUUCCCCACCUUAGAGGUGCAGCUGAGCGACAUCGUGGCCAGGGUGCGCUCCCGGCUGGAGCUCAGCGACAUCCGGGUGAAGGACAUCCGGCUCAACGGCUCCACAGCCAGCCACGUGCUGGUUCAGGACAUCGGCUGGAGCUACAAGGACCUGGACGUGAUCUUCAGAGUGGACCUGCCGACCGAGGCCGAGUUCAGGCUCGUCAAGGACGUGGUGCUGGGCAUCCUGCUGGACUUCCUGCCCGAAGGCGUGAACAAGGACAAGAUCACGCCCAUGACCCUGAAAGAAGUCUACAUCCAGAAGCUGGUGAAGGUCAACACGGAGCAGGACCGCUGGAGCCUCAUCUCCCUGUCCAACAACAACGGCCGCAACGUGGAGCUGAAGUUCGUGGACUCCAUACGGCGGCAGUUCGAGUUCAGCGUGGACUCCUUUCAGAUCCUGCUGGACUCGGUGCUGUCCCACUACGAGCGGGCCCAGUCGCCCAUGUCGCAGGCCUGCCACCCCACCGUCAGCGGGGAGAGCAUGUACGGCGACUUCGACGCGGCGCUGCACCACCUGCGCAGCAAGCUGAUCGCCACCAAGCGGCCGGAGGAGAUCCGCGGCGGCGGCCUGCUCAAGUACUGCAACCUGCUGGUGCGGGACUUCCAGCCCGCGGACCAGGAGGAGUUCAAGGCCCUGGAGCGGUACAUGUGCUCGCGCUUCUUCAUCGACUUCCCCGACAUCGGGGAGCAGCAGCGCAAGGUGGAGGCCUACCUCCAGAGCCACUUCAUCGGCGAGGACAAGAGCAAGUACGAGUACCUGCAGAUCCUGAGGAAGGUGGUGAACGAGAGCACGGUGUGCCUGAUGGGCCACGAGCGCAGGCAGACCCUCCAUCUGCUCUCGGUGAUGGCCGUGAGGGUCCUGGCCGAGCUGAGCGCCAUCCCCGACGCCUCCUGCGUGACCUGCUACUACCAGCCCGCGCCCUACGUCAGAGAUCACAACUUCAGCAACUACUAUGUGGCAAACCAGAACAUUCCAACAUGGCUGCCGUGUAACUGACCCGUCUGUGACAGGAGGAUCUGCUGCUUCUGAGGAGAGAGAGAAUAGCAACUUAAAAAAAAAAAAAGAGGAUUUUCCACAGUGGCAAUAAAUUCUGUUCCUCUCAAGGAGCAAUUUAAGUGGA